UUCUGAUUUCAUGUAUUUGGUGUGAUGUGCUUUGUUCUAAUCAUUGUCUUUUUUUGUCCUUGCAGAGACAACAGAGACUGAGAAGAUGGACACAGACUCUGACUCCCAGCAGCCAGAUAAGGCGGAGUCCAAAGAUGAAGCUGAGAAGCCCAGCGAGUCUGCGGAGAAGCCGGCAGAGGUAGAAAAAGAAAAGAGCGAGACGACAGAAAAGUCUGAGCCACAGGAGGAGGAAGAGAGCGAAGGUGGAGAAACAAAGACAGCAGAGAAAGACAAAGAGGAGGCCAUGGAGACCACAGAGGAAGAGAAAGAGGCAAAGGAGGAGAAGGAGGAAGGAAGGAAGCUGGAGUUAGAUAUCGAAGAGGGCAACAUUGCCACCGCUGCCGCAGCUGCUCUGGCAUCUGCUGCGACCAAAGCAAAGCACCUGGCAGCAGUGGAGGAGAGAAAGAUCAAGUCUCUUGUGGCUCUGCUGGUUGAGACUCAGAUGAAGAAGCUGGAGAUUAAACUCAGACACUUUGAGGAGCUAGAGACCAUUAUGGAUCGUGAGAAAGAAGCGCUGGAGCUCCAGAGACAGCAGCUCCUGACCGAACGACAGGCAUUCCACAUGGAGCAGCUGAAGUAUGCAGAGAUGAAGGCUCGUCAGCAGAUGGAACAGCAGGCGGCUGCAGCUGCGCAGCAGAACGCAGGAGGCCAUCACGGACCUCCACCACACGGCCCACCUCCGGGCAUGCACACUGGACAUCCCGGACUCCCCGGCCCUGGGUAUCCCCCCAUGCAUCAUGCCAUGGGUCCCCACCAUGCCCCUCAGUCAGGACCAAUGGUUGGACCAGGACAGCCCAUGCCAGGUCGGAUGAUGACUGGACCUCCCCCAGUUGGCCCCCCACAGGGUGGCAUGCCCCCUAUGAUGGGACCACGGCACCCUGGACCACUCAACGGCAUGUAUACAGGUCCACCACCUCCUCAACCUACACAGCCUGAUGUGAUGCCUCCUGUCCCAGUGGGACCUCCCAUCUCUGCGCCCGCUCCUCGUGCUGCUGAAAACUAAACUGUUGCCCUGUCCUCACACAUGUACACAUCUGCACACAAAUACACACAGUCAAUCGAACAUUUUACUCCUUUAAAUCCAAAUUAAUCCUGGUUCCUCUGAACCGCUCGCAAACCUGAUGGGUGGGUCAUCUCUAAAGCCUUUUUCUCCCAAGCUGAGCUAAGCACUCACCUCCUCACCCAUAAACAUCCUCGCAUGCUCAGGGCACAGGAGUACAGUUGUUCCUGCAACUCUUGGCUAGUAAUAGCAUUGGCUACUGUUUGUUCUGUAAUGUAUAACACCGCGCUGCUAACGCUAACAGACUCCUGUGUUUGGGGAGGAACACCUGCUGUCGUCUGGCUCCUCUUUGUAAUGUGACUGAAAGAAUAAUAUGUGUAUAUUGUGCUAAGCCAUGUAAGCUAAACCCUCUGAGACUGGAGCACAGCUCUGUUGUGAGUCAGUGCUCCCUCUUCGAAAACACACUGUAGAUACGAGCCGGUCGGCAGCCUCCUGCCCUACAGGCCUGUGAUGCGCAAAGAACCAGAUCUCGCCACCGUUUUGUUUGUCUGUGGUGCAGUGUUUAUCUUAACAGGGUUCCUAGUGGCUUCUCUGAGCUUCCUAUAAUAUUUACACCCUCACCUUGCUAAGAAUCUACCUCACCGGUCGUUUUCCACCUGUGCACGGUUUGUGUUGCUAUAUUGCUCAGACUUGCUUUAUGGUGCUUAGUUUAGUCAGCCACACUGUGACCUAGUAAUGCUCAGGCUAGAGCGGAGAUCAGCGAGCGCUCACCCUAUGGGGCGUAACUUAUGCCAUAACCCCGGCCAAGCGGUCCCUGCUGUCCAGAACAUGCAGAUACUCCGCUUUAGAGAUGUACCCACAUGCGCCAAAACACAAAACACGCCACAUGACAAACUCCAUUCGUUCACACUGAGAAUGAUAAUGGAGGUGAACAUGGUAUCACACUGAAAUGACGGAGGACCUUUGCUUGUUUUAGGUGUAGCUAGCCCUUUGUGCUCCUCCCUUAGGUGCUGACAGAAUAGCUGCCCUGCCUCGCUCUACCUCUCUCACUUUACUACCUCUUUUCUCUCUCUCUCUCGCGCUCUCUCUUCCUAUGGCUGUUGUCUCUCUUUUGUGUGUGCCCAUGUGACUGCUGCAUUACUGCUGUGUGGAGGCUGUCGUCCUCUUCCUCCUCAGGUGAACCAAGCCCCUCUCUUCAUCACGGCCCACCCCGCUACACACACACACACACACACACACACAGAUACACAUGCAUUUCCUCUUCUAAAACUUUCCCGGCUGUAUAUCACAGGAGACGGGUGAUUCCCUAUCUUCCUCAUCCCGAAUAUAUAUCUUUUAUUGCUUUUUAUUUUAUGGUAAUGUAUUUUUAAGAAAAUAAAGAUUGUGUAGACUCA